CUUCAACAGUCAAAUAAGGGAGCGAGCAUGGUGCGUCGGCGCUGAUGAUCCCUAUCUCCUUCUCUCCUUGCCUUGCGGUCAUCCCAUGAGGCAUCAGGUAGGCAAACGUACUUACUGUUGCCAAUGCAAUGCUGCAGCAGGAUGUUGACAGGGAUCAUCGAGAUGAGAUGAAGACAUCAAGUGGAGACCUUAGCAGACGGUCCAGACCUGAGCGGCUACAGACAACACUCCAUGUGCUGCAAUGGCAUCCAAUUGGGAAAAAACAUGCCCGUGCUUGGGUUCACCUCCCUCCUUUUAUAUGCCCACGCCCAACCAAAGCAUCCAUCCACUCCCCUCGGCCCUCGCCGCCCGCCAUGUCGACGAGCUCCGCGGGCGACAGCGGCGGCCGCAAGCGCAAGAGGGACUCGGACGCCGACGCCGACCAGCAGGACCCGCCGUCCAAGUGGCGCCAGCCGCGCGCGCAGCAGGCCUACUCCUCCAAGCUCCUUGACGCGCUGCGCCUCGUGCGUUCAGGCGGCGCAAGCAGCAGCGGUCGCGAGGUGCGCGACGCGGCCUACCGCGCGCUCGCCGUGGCCGCGCGGGGCCGGUCGCGCUGGAGCCGCGCCAUCCUCGCCCGCCGGGGCCGGCCGCUCCAGCGCGCUCGCCUCGUCCCCCGCGCGCCCCCCACAGGAACCAGCAGCAGCAGCAGGCCGGGGUCGCUGCUGGCGAGCAAGACCCGGGCGCUGGGAAGGCUGGUGCCCGGGUGCCGGAGGAUGUCGCUCCCCGCGCUGCUGGCCGAGGUGUCCGACUACAUUGCGGCGCUCCAGAUGCAGUUAAGGAGCACUGCAAAUUAAAGGUGCACACCAUCCAGCGCAGCAGGUGCCAUAUAUAUAAUGACAUGCUAAUGAUACAGCGGUGUGUGAAACUGAUGAUGAUGGUCAUCUCUCAAAUCCGGGCGUGGUGCUCGCUGCUCUUGCUGAUGAUCCGCGUCCUCCUCCUCGUAGGCCUCGAGAGUGUCUGCCCAUGCUUGAGCAACGGCGUGGAAACUGGAUAAACUACUCUACCACCUCAUACCAACCAAAUGUCUCGUCUCGUCUCCCUUGGUACCUACUACUACCUGUCACCUGAUAGUGCUAAAGGUUCAUUCAGCUGGUUGGAAUAGACUCUGGGUUCUCCCAGGAUUCUUUCUUGUACUCGACCGAUCAAACUGUUUGGAAUAGAAUAGUGUCGACGAUGGCUACCUUACCUAGGCAGACAGAGGGAUCAAAAUGUCUUGGAACUUGAGCUCUUGACUGGC